AUGGCUCUGAAUAGGAAAUACGCCGCCCUGCCUGACUUGGAUUCGGCACCAGACAUCUACGAAACCCCAGAGCUUACCGAUGACAACUCUACCGUCCCCGUGGAUGACGAAUUCGACGAGGAUGACGAUGUGGACAGCGCUGGCAUCUCUCGCACACGAUUACGAAUAGACCAGGCUCGGUCGCGCUUUCUGCCCGCACAAGUCGAUGCAAGGGACGUCGACUUCUCAGACAGACUGAAUGGCAAACGAAAAUCGUACAAGACCUCGAACCGACGACAGCGAAUCUUGGACGAUGGCACUGAGGAGCUUGGAGAUUUUAGUGACGAAGAUGACGGGGAGAACUUGGCACGAAAGAUUGCCCGGUUGAAGCGAGAGAUCGAAGAGGCCAAGGAGGAAUACGGCAAGCAAAAGGAGGCAAAGACGAAUGGCCCUUCGGAAGACGCCGCUCAGGAGCUAGAACUGGCCUCUCUCAGCCAGAUCCUGGACGAAAUCUCGAAGCAUCCAGAGGAACUGGCCCAGGGUCUGGGUUUCCGACCAGCAAGGAUAGUACCAGAACCAGGGACCGGGACAAAGGAGCCAGGCACUGAUCUUGGAGAUGCAAACGCAACCUACACCGUCACGUACACACCGACAUACCAAGAAAGUCAUGCCCUAGCAAAAGCCGCAGACUUCGACCGUCGGCUCCUUUCAUUAGAGAAAGCCAUCGGCAUUGGAUCGUCGGCCUUUUCUGAAGUGGACUCGUCGGGACUACCUAGAGCGAUCGUGCCCACGCUCGAAACGCUACAGAAGCAAAUCUCAACACUAUCAGAGGCCUCAACUUCGAACUUAGACAGCAUCAGCCGCCGAGUGCGCACUCUUAUUCAAGAGGCAGAGCAGCUGGAGAAAUCACGCCGACAAGCAAAGGCUGCUCAAGAUGCGUUGUCGUCAACAGGUGCCACUCCAGCAGAGGGAACGUCUUCGGGCGACUCGGAGCAGAUUGCGAAGAUCAAUGCACUCUAUGGCACAUUACCAACCAUUGAGAACCUGACGCCUCUUCUGCCGCCGCUGCUAGAUAGGUUGAGGUCCCUACGAGCUAUGCAUGCCGAUGCAGCAACGGCUGGCGAAACGCUGGAGCGUAUAGAGAAGCGGCAGGCAGACAUGGCUUUAGAUAUCAAACAGUGGAGGGAAGGACUUGAUAAGAUUGAGGCGGCAGUCAAGGACGGCGAGUCGUCCGUGAGUGGUAACAUGAAGGUUGUGGAGGGUUGGGUGAAAGAUCUCGAGGCGAAGAUGAAUAAGUUGUCCUGA